GCUAUGAAAACUGAUAAUAUGUCUGAGGGAUGGCAAAGAGAUGUCAAAUAUAAGUUUUUUAUUUUCAACCAGUUCGAUGCCAACAUGACAAUCACAGAAGAAUCUAUGAUCGAGUUCAAGGCAUAUGAUGAUCAAUGGGGUUACUCUUCUUUUAUGCCAUUAGUUGAUCUUCUUGAUUGUAAAAAGGGGUUUAUUGUGAAUGAUGUAUGUAUUGUUGGUGUAGAAAUUUUUGUCUGUAAGUCAACACAUGAGAAACAGGUAAACCAAACUGUAAAUUUAACAUUUGAAAGUCUAGCUGGGCCUACUGAAGUUGAGGUCCCUGUGCCACAGAUUGAAGAUCAAUGCCAAGAUUUAGAAACUCUUUCACCAGAUUGCCAUGAACCUACUAUAGAUCCUGAUACAGAGUUAUUUACUGCACUGGGGAGAGUUCUUUAUUUUCUUAAGACUAGAAAAGUGAAAGAUAUGAAUGAGAAAGCUUGUAAAGAACUUCAAAUUUUAUGGGAUGAACUUAAGAAAUUUAAAUUUGAUCUUACAUGGCUAGAGCCACAAGUCCGAUCUGCCUUGGGAAUCCAUAGAUUUUUGGAGAAAGCUACUGAAGUAGAAAAGUUGAAGGAGAAUGUUGUAGUUCUAGAGCUGGAAACAGAGAAGCUAAAGACAAAGUUGAGUGCUGCUGAGGUAAAUCUUGAGGUAGAAAGAGACUUGUUGAAAGCCAAAGGCGUCAAAGAAAUAGAUUUUGAUUCUGAAUUGGGAUGUGGGAGUUUGGUACCAUAGAUCUAUAG